UUCACAGUAGCCUAUCUGCUGAGUGGGAGAGAAGCAGAGGAGAGGAGUUGCAAAAAUACUUGGUUGUUUUAAUACGAAAAGGAUCGAAAUGGUUCUUCUGCUUUUAUGUAUGAUGUCGGUGAGUAGCUUAGGCUACAAAUUGCCUAUAUUGAUGUUGAGUGUUUGGUUUCUUUUGACUUCAUUUUACAAUUGAUGCGUUUUUAACAAAGGUUGCCAAAUGCGUAAAAGCUCAUUCAACACUUUCACUUUCGAUGUCGUUUUGAAGCAACGGCCUCUACAAAAAAUAUGUCCGUUAAAGCUAUAAUGUCGCAAUAUUUAGUUAUUUUACUUGCUCUAAUGUGACACAUUUGCGCAACUGGCUUGUGAAAUGUGGUUUAUAGGCAAUAUUACAAAUCCUCACAAAAGGGCUUUAGUUUUUGAGAUACCCCAACCCGAGGUUUUCACGACUCUAAUUUAUCCAAUUUAUUAAAUGGAUGGUCAUGAAAAAUUAUUUGACUGCAAAAGUGGUUAAAUUGAUAGAUAUUAUGACAUACCCCCUAAACUCAAAACGUACAGAAUAAUGCCUGGCUGGAGGGGGAUGGGCGACAUAAGCUCAUGUAACCAUAGCUGCGGGAAGUAUGGGUGUUGAGGGUGCUGCAGCGCCCCCUGAAAAAUCUUAAUCAAAUAUUAAUUACAAAAAAAAGAUAAAAAAAGUGAACACAUUUUUUUUUUUUACAAAGGCGCUGGGCCUUUACUAUUCAUACCUUAAUAAUAGGUGGAAAUAUCAACUAUGAAAAUGAAUGAUGAAUGUAAGCUUUACUUUUUGGUAGCUGACAAAUACAUGUUACACAUGUUUUUUGAUGUUGUGGCUAUUGUAAUCUAAUCGGUUCUAAGGAAAACAAGUGGACUGAGACAGUGAAAACAGUCAUUUCUUUUCAGUCAACUGUUCCUCUGUAGAUUGUAUAUGUUCAGCCUCUAGCAAUUAUGUUAGAUUUGACUCCAAAUCAGAGGAGGCUGGUGGGAGGAGCUAUAGGAGGACGGGCUCAUUAUAAUGGCUGGAAUGGAAUUAAUGGAACGGUAUCAAACAUAUGGAAACUGUUCCAUUUAUUCCCUUCCAGCCAUUACAAUGAGCCUGUCCUCCUAUAGCUCCUUCCACCAGCCUCCUCUGCUCCAAAUCAAGGAUAGUGUCCAAAAUCCAAAAUGGCUGCCACAAUACCAUUUAGAUGGUGGUUUAAUCACCUGUAGAGUGCAGUCGGAAAGUAUUCAGACCCCUUUACUUUUUACACAUUUUAUGUUAUAGCCUUAUUCUAAAAUGGAUAAAAUUGUUUUUUCCCCCCUCAUCCAUCUACACACAAUACCCCAUAAUGACAAAUCAAAAACAGGUUUUUAGAAAAGUUAGCAAAUUUAUAAAAAAUAAAAAAACGGAUAUCACAUUUACGUACAGUACCAGUCAAAAGUUUGGACACACGUACUCAUUCAAGGGUUUUUCUUUAUUUUUACUAUUUUCUACAUUGUAGAAUAAUAGUGAAGACAUCAAAACAUUGAAAUAACACAUAUGGAAUCAUGUAGUAACCAAAAAAGUGUUAAACAAAUCAAAAUAUUUUAGAUUUUAGAUUCUCCUGCAGCCCAAUAUGGCGACCAGAGUAUGGGCGAGUGGGUGUAUGGAACGCGAAUCAGCUAAUUGGGCAGAUUUGUUACCACUCAAGACCAUUUUGCGUGGCUGAUUGGGUUGCACUACGAGUCGAUAGUAGGACACCAGGAUCAAGUUACAACCCGUGCAUUUCUUGACAGAUAGCUGAACUAGCCUAUUGAGUUGUUUCGAAUUUUGUCCUGGCAGCUGAAUUGUUUGGAGAUACAGUAGGUCCUGACAGCUGUAAAAAAAAAUAAUAUAAUAAUCCCGGUCACGGAAAAUGACAAAAAAUACUUGUUUCAGAAGCAUCCGUGAUCACAAAUCAAAACGUUACUUUGGACCAAGUUGCAUUGAAUAGAUGUUAUAUUCUCAAACUUAACAGCAGUACCUGUAUGAUGUCCUUCCAUUUACAGGUGAUUUGAGCUCCAUCAAUUGUUAUUAUGGCAGCCAUAUUGGAUUUUGGACGCCAUAUUGGAUUUGCAGCAAAAUCCAGGAUGACCCUAAAAAUAAUCUGUGGUGGCCCCCUGACUAUUGCAAUUGUAACUGUAUGUGUUUUUGUCAGGCAGGAUCAUACAACACUGAAUGAUAGCAAAUAUGACUUGGAAAGUUGUCUAUUAAUCAGUUCCCAAAAAUUACAUUCAUCAUAAAUAUUCAUAGUUGAUAUUUCUAUCUAUUGUAUCUGUGUUUACAGGUCUAUAUUUCCAAGAUGGAUUAAGAUAUCCUAAUGUUGUUUGGUUGUGUGUGUAGGGCAGACAACUGACUACUUGUAUUCCACAUUUUAGCUAUAUCAGAGCUUGCAAUAUUGGGUUACAUGAGUUUAUGUAACCCCCCCCCCCCACACACACUCCAGUCAGGCAUUAUUCUGCACUUUUUUUUAGUUUAGGGUGUGUGUUACAAUACAGUGGGGGAAAAAAGUAUUUAGUCAGCCACCAAUUGUGCAAGUUCUCCCACUUAAAAAGAUGAGAGAGGCCUGUAAUUUUCAUCAUAGGUACACGUCAACUAUGACAGACAAAAUGAGAAAAAAAAAAACAGAAAAUCACAUUGUAGGAUUUUUAAUGAAUUUAUUUGCAAAUUAUGGUGGAAAAUAAGUAUUUGGUCAAUAACAAAAGUUUCUCAAUACUUUGUUAUAUACCCUUUGUUGGAAAUGACACAGGUCAAAUGUUUUCUGUAAGUCUGCACAAGGUUUUCACACACUGUUGCUGGUAUUUUGGCCCAUUCCUCCAUGCAGAUCUCCUCUAGAGCAGUGAUGUUUUGGGGCUGUCGCUGGGCAACACAGACUUUCAACUCCCUCCAAAGAUUUUCUAUGGGGUUGAGAUCUGGAGACUGGCUAGGCCACUCCAGGACCUUGAAAUGCUUCUUACGAAGCCACUCCUUCGUUGCCCGGGCGGUGUGUUUGGGAUCAUUGUCAUGCUGAAAGACCCAGCCACGUUUCAUCUUCAAUGCCCUUGCUGAUGGAAGGAGGUUUUCACUCAAAAUCUCACGAUACAUGGCCCCAUUCAUUCUUUCCUUUACACGGAUCAGUCGUCCUGGUCCCUUUGCAGAAAAACAGCCCCAAAGCAUGAUGUUUCCACCCCCAUGCUUCACAGUAGGUAUGGUGUUCUUUGGAUGCAACUCAGCAUUCUUUGUCCUCCAAACACGACGAGUUGAGUUUUUACCAAAAAGUUCUAUUUUGGUUUCAUCUGACCAUAUGACAUUCUCCCAAUCCUCUUCUGGAUCAUCCAAAUGCACUCUAGCAAACUUCAGACGGGCCUGGACAUGUACUGGCUUAAGCAGGGGGACACGUCUGGCACUGCAGGAUUUGAGUCCCUGGCGGCGUAGUGUGUUACUGAUGGUAGGCUUUGUUACUUUGGUCCCAGCUCUCUGCAGGUCAUUCACUAGGUCCCCCCGUGUGGUUCUGGGAUUUUUGCUCACCGUUAUUGUGAUCAUUUUGACCCCACGGGGUGAGAUCUUGCGUGGAGCCCCAAAUCGAGGGAGAUUAUCAGUGGUCUUGUAUGUCUUCCAUUUCCUAAUAAUUGCUCCCACAGUUGAUUUCUUCAAACCAAGCUGCUUACCUAUUGCAGAUUCAGUCUUCCCCAGCCUGGUGCAGGUCUACAAUUUUUUUUCUGGUGUCCUUUGACAGCUCUUUGGUCUUGGCCAUAGUGGAGUUUGGAGUGUGACUGUUUGAGGUUGUGGACAGGUGUCUUUUAUACUGAUAACAAGUUCAAACAGGUGCCAUUAAUACAGGUAACGAGUGGAGGACAGAGGAGCCUCUUAAAGAAGAAGUUACAGGUCUGUGAGAGCCAGAAAUCUUGCUUGUUUGUACGUGACCAAAUACUUAUUUUCCACCAUAAUUUGCAAAUAUAUUCAUAAAAAUCCUACAAUGUGAUUUUCUGGAGAAAAUAAAUCUCAAUUUGUCUGUCAUAGUUGACGUGUACCUAUGAUGAAAAUUACAGGCCUCUCUCAUCUUUUUAAGUGGGAGAACUUGCACAAUUGGUGGCUGACUAAAUACUUUUUUCCCCCACUGUAUCUAUCUAUUUAAACAUUUUGCAGUAAACUAUUUUUUCACAACCAUCCAUUUCAUAAAUGGGAGAUGUGAAAAACAUGCUUGUAUUUGGUUCUACCUCGGGUAGGGUUAUCAAAAAAUGUGGUGGCCUUGCCACAAGCCUAUUAGACUAGAGCGUGAAUUUAGGUACUUUCCACCCCUAUCUUAGUGGUCGGUCUUGCGACAGUAGAGGUGAGAAUAGAUCAUUGUAUGGACUCUUUUUUUCGACCUUCUUUUUACAGGUUUUGUCCGUGGUUUCCUCAUGUGAUCCAGAAACACAGUAUUUGAAGAAUAGUGAGUGUUGCAAUAUGUGUGGGCCAGGUAAGGAAGAGACCAUUCAUUAUUUGACGUAUCUGUACUCCUAUCAGCCUUUAGAAAAAACAUUGAGUGAAACUGAGUCAAUAUACCCAUAGGAUCUACACUCAAUAUUCAUAAUCAGAAAACGUUAUUAUCUUAACAGGCACCAAGAUGUUAUCCAGCCAUAGUGGUUGUCUUGAUCCACAUUGUAUGCCAUGCCAAGAGGGUGAAUACCAGAAUGCAUUCACAGAGAAGAACCUCUGUAAACUGCAACCAUACUGCGACCCAAGUGAGACUUUUGAUGAUCUUUAUGUAUUUGAAGACAUAGUAUGUGUCCGUAAUCUGAGGCGUCAUGCCCAUAGAGUGCACAGGGGCAAGAUUUGUCCUGUAAAACAAAUAUUUAAAAAUGAAUUAGUUUUUUCUCUGUAAUGUUACUAUCCACUUAGCUAUUUUAUGAAGUUGGCUUUAGCUAGCCCAGUUAGGUUCCCAAUCCCCCAAACUUAUAACUAGCUACCAAGAAGCCAUUUCAGACUAUCAAUCAAGUUAGAGUAGCUUAGCUAUCUUAGCUGGCAUGCCUGCUGGCAAGGUUGGUAGACUUUAGAAAAGCAAGCAUGUACUGAAUAAGACUCACAAUCCUUUCAAUCAUUUACCCAUGAUUUUAGCAGAGCUGCAGAGAAGCAUAUUUAAUUUAUUUUUAAAAAAGAACCAUCAGUCAGGAGGAUACAGACAGCUCAAGAGGUAUGCUUAGAUAUGCAGAAAUAUAGACAUAUUUAUUACAUAGAAUUAAUGAUUAUGGCUCUAGAUUGCAGGACAAAGCUGUUUCAGGUGUUUGAAAAAUGCCCCCCCUCCUGACCACCCCCCAGCCAUCCUUGCUUACUUUGUGCCCCCUCAGAUUAUUGGGGUGCAUGACGCCCCUGUCCGAAAUGGCACCCUUUUGCCUAUAUAUUGCAUUACUGAAAGCCCUGGUCAAAAGUAGUGCACUAAGGAAUAGCAUGCCAUUUCAGAUGCAUGUAGGACCUACUGUUUAUCUGGCUUAUCUUUUUGUAAAAACACAACACUUGUAUCUCCUUCCUGCCACAGAUAAAAACUUUGAGCACAGUACCAAUAGGAACAAGACAAGCCUCAGCCCAUGCAAAUGUAAGACUGGAUACCACUGUUCCAGUGAAGAGUGCCUGACAUGUUUUCCACAUACUAAAUGCAGACCUGGAGAAGAGGUCCUUUCCAAAGGUAGAAAACACGCACUUUCAUGAUGCUAUCAGCAACGAUUGAGUUCUAGACUAGUGUGCCUACUAUGUAUUCAAAUAUGGCUUUUAAUUUUCUGUUUCUAUUCUGUUGUAUUCUAUUAAAUUGUUUCCGCUGCUAGAGUUAGGCUAGAUUGGUCACUCUAACCGUAUACUGUAUAUUUUCUCAGGUAACCCCAUACAUGACACAGUGUGUCAGGCCUGUCCUUUAAACAUGUUCUCCAGUCACAGCUCUGCAGAGAGCAUGUGCAAGCUAUGGACAGUGUGAGUAGUUUGAUCCUUGUACCAUAAAACAUUUGAUGUGUAUGUUAUCAUACUGUAAAUGAAACAGCAGCCAUCAUACACAUAAUAAUGUUGGUUUGUUUGAUCCCAAAUUAUGUUUUCAGUUGUAAGUCUGGAUUCAACACUGAAGCCCAAGGGACAGCCACCUCAGACACGGUCUGUGGUAAGUACUGAAAGGGUCCACACGUUGAACGCAACACAAAUUACACAUAUCACAACAUUUCCAUUCUACUAUAUUGAAUUGGUGAACUAUACAAUGUAUUCCUUCAUUGUCAGUUGACCAUCACUUCCUCACUGUAACUCAUUCACUUGAAUUGUGCUACAUGGUAGGAGGGGACUGUUUAUCUGGGUUUCGAAAUCACAGCAUAAACCGAAACUUGUGGUGGGACUGUGGGAGUGUUUUCUCAGUAUUACAGUAGUCUGUAGUAGGGAGGCUAACAGUAGCCUGUAGUAGGGUGGCUAACAAUAGCCUGUAGUAGGGAGGCUAACAAUAGCCUGUAGUAGGGUGGCUAACAAUAGCCUGUAGUAGGGAGGCUAACACUAGCCUGUAGUAGGGUGGCUAACACUAGCCUGUAGUAGGGCGGCUAACAGUAGCCUGUAGUAGGGAGGCUAACAAUAGCCUGUAGUAGGGAGGCUAACAAUAGCCUGUAGUAGGGUGGCUAACAAUAGCCUGUAGUAGGGUGGCUAACAGUAGCCUGUAGUAGGGUGGCUAACAGUAGCCUGUAGUAGGGUGGCUAACAGUAGCCUGUAUUAGGGUGGCUAACAGUAGCCUGUAGUAGGGAGGCUAACAGUAGCCUGUAGUAGGGAGGCUAACAAUAGCCUGUAGUAGGGAGGCUAACAAUAGCCUGUAGUAGGGAGGCUAACAGUAGCCUGUAGUAGGGUGGCUAACAGUAGCCUGUAGUAGGGUGGCUAACAGUAGCCUGUAGUAGGGUGGCUAACAGUAGCCUGUAGUAGGGAGGCUAACAGUAGCCUGUAGUAGGGAGGCUAACAGUAGCCUGUAGUAGGGUGGCUAACAGUAGCCUGUAGUAGGGUGGCUAACAGUAGCCUGUAGUAGGGAGGCUAACAAUAGCCUGUAGUAGGGAGGCUAACAAUAGCCUGUAGUAGGGUGGCUAACAAUAGCCUGUAGUAGGGUGGCUAACAGUAGCCUGUAGUAGGGUGGCUAACAGUAGCCUGUAGUAGGGUGGCUAACAGUAGCCUGUAGUAGGGUGGCUAACAGAAGCCUGUAGUAGGGCGGCUAACAGUAGCCUGUAGUAGGGCGGCUAACAAUAGCCUGUAGUAGGGUGGCUAACAGUAGCCUGUGUAGUACGUCUGUCGACACUAGUCUAAGGGACACAGGCCGUAGGCUACGGUUGGUUGGUUAACAAUAGUUGGUUGAAUUGUUUGUCAUGUUCUUUUGAUUUACUUUACAGUACCAGGAUCCAUGUCCUCUGGAGCAAUAGCAGCAAUUGUAAUUGCCCUAGCUGCUUUGGUUUUGGCCAUUGUCGUGUGCAAAUUUAAAGGUAUUUAACACUAAUGUAUUAUGUUAUUUGAGUGAUAACUUUACAUUGGAAUCUUUGAGUAAUCAUAUUUUAAUUUUGUUCUAGGUCAACUCGGAGAGGCCUUCAAGAAAGCAAAUGUACGUUCUCUAUAUACCUUUUGUACCAGCCAUGACAGUAAUACUGCUAUUCUGUUAUAUUUAGACACUAAUUCACAGAUGUAUUGUGUCAUUCACCGUAGGAAUCCUGUAUGGAUUUUAAUCUUAAGAGGGGAACUAAGAGGGCUACAGCAGAUCGAAAUGCAGAAGAGGGAAACGCGGAAGGACCUGAAGAGGGGAAGGAACAACUUCAACAUAUGCUCCUUGGAGAGCCACCAUCAACACAAUCCCCACCAUUACAAUUUACUCAAAUACCAGAGGAGAGUGAAAUCGGGUCUUAUGCCGAAGCUAACGACAUGACAGAAAAUGGACAUUUGGUGGCGCAGGAGGAGGGUAAAGCACACCAUACUUCUGUUCCACAAGAUUACUAGUGACUUUUGUAUACGGCUUUAGAUCACAUGACCACCUGGCUUCACCUAUUGCUUAACAUGAUAAACAACAGCCAGGUUGAGCAUUAAUACAGUAGCAGUGUGUUGGAAAAUCACUGGGGAAGCCAAGACAGUAAAAAAGUCAUAUUACAACCUAUGUUGUGAUAAUUGCGUUGUUUGCUCUAUAACCCAUUUG